CUCAGACUGUGAGGGCUGCAUGUCCCUCAGACCUGAACGGGAAUGUUAACAGAAUAAAGGAAUAAGACAGGGGAAAGAUGAAAAGGUUAAAAGUGACUCAAGGAUAUGAAGACAUUCUGUAAAAGUAGAUUUUUCUGACUGAUAAGAGAAAAACUGAGGCACUGAUGGGACUCAGAAACUCCAACAAGUCACAUCUGAUCAGCCUGUGGAGAAUAACAGUGUGUGAGACUGCGUGGACAGUUGUGCGUUGUUUCUUUUGAGAUCUGAGAAGACAUCAUGUUGUCCUCACAGGGAGUUGGCACUUUGGUGCUUUUCCACUGUGUGAUAACAAUUACUGCACUGAUAGACUCCGAUGACGUCAUCACCCGAGACGAGCAGAUCUACGUUCUGAUUGGCGCCCACGCCAGGUGUGAAAGGAGCAUCCGGGCACAGUCGGCCCUCAUUAAAGAAGGCGACUGUGUCCCAGAGUGGGAUGGGAUUAUCUGCUGGCCUCGAAGCAGAUCGGGUCAGCUGGUCUCAGUGCUGUGUCCCGAGUACAUCUAUGACUUUAACCACAGAGGGCGAGCCUACCGCCAGUGUGACCUGUCCGGGAACUGGGAGCUGGUGCCCAGUAACAACCGAACCUGGGCAAACUACACCGAGUGCACCCGGUACCUCAUGUCCGACCACAGAAAACUCGAGGAGAAGGUGUUUCAACGGCUCCAUGUCAUGUACACCGUGGGCUACUCCAUUUCUCUAGCAUCCCUGUUGGUGGCAGUCUCCAUCUUGUGCUAUUUUAAGCGCCUCCACUGUACACGUAAUUACAUUCACAUUCACCUCUUCGCCUCCUUCAUUUGUCGAGCUGUGAGCAUCUUUGUGAAAGACGCUGUGCUCUACUCCGUGUCCGAUGGCAACAAAACUGACUCAGCGUUCACAACAGAAAGACCUCAUAUGGCUGGCUGUAAAGCGGCUGUUACUCUCUUCCUGUACUUCCUGGCAACCAAUCAUUACUGGAUUCUGGUGGAGGGCUUGUACCUCCAUAGCCUCAUCUUUAUGGCCUUCCUGUCUGACAAGAACUACCUGUGGGCUCUGACCAUCAUGGGUUGGGGUGUUCCAGCAGUGUUUGUGUCCAUAUGGGUCAGUGCACGAGCUUCGCUGGCAGACACUCAAUGUUGGGACAUCAGUGCUGGAAACCUGAAAUGGAUCUAUCAAGUUCCCAUUCUGGCAGCCAUUGUUGUGAACUUCCUCCUUUUUAUCAACAUAAUCCGUGUACUAGCCUCAAAAUUGUGGGAAACCAACACUGGUAAACUGGACCCCCGACAACAGUACAGGAAGCUGCUGAAGUCCACUUUAGUCCUCAUGCCCUUGUUUGGAGUCCACUACAUUGUGUUCAUGGCUCUUCCUUACACGGAGGUUACUGGGCUGCUGUGGCAGGUGCAGAUGCAUUAUGAGAUGUUCUUCAACUCUUCCCAGGGGUUUUUUGUGGCGUUUAUCUACUGCUUCUGCAACGGGGAGGUGCAGGCAGAGGUGAAAAAGGCGUGGUUAAGACGUAACCUGGUGUUGGACCUCAAACAGAAAGCCAGGAUAACCAGCAGCGGGGGAGGAAGCUGUUACUACGGUGGCAUGAUGUCCCACGCCACCACCCAGAGCGUCUGCAUGCCUGCCACUUAUCCCAGAGCGUUUUCCUUCACAGGAGGAAUGGUGGGCUCAGGGGUCAAGCUGCCACGGCACAGCGUGUCCCUCCGCGCUCACAGCAGCCUGUGCGUGUACACUCCCAGCACCACGGAGGCUUCAAGCUCCCAGCAGGGCCUGUCUGUGUGGAAACCAGCAGGGUCCGAGUCGAGGGUUUUUACCAGAAACACCAGACCCAACUUAGAGAACGAUGACUGCAGUCAAGGAGAAGAGCCAGACAACCCUUUAUCUGUGAAGGAGUUAGAGACCAUCUUAUAACCCUUGCUGCUGGACGCUGAGCAGAUCAUGUGAGGUGGUUUUUGCCAACACUUGAGGUUUUUAUGGUUUGUUGUAUUUUUUUUUUUAGUGC